GUGCGAGUAAACGACGGUUUGAGUACACUGCAUCAAGCAGGCCUUCAGUUAGGCGGUUAGGCGGGAUGGUCCUGAUCCUAAUCCUCAGCUGCAGAAAGCAAAAGCAUGCACAGCACGUGUCGCGAAUCGCGACCAUAUGCUUUCCUUGUACAAAGAUGGCCUUCAAGAACCAGAGUGAAAGAGUGAAAUAGAGAAACGAAACGAAAAUGGCGGCUGCGAAGGGAGUUAGCCUGAACCACAUAGCAAGGGAAACAACAGAUGUGAAACGUCUCUCUAAAUUCUAUCAGGAGAUUUUAGGGUUCGAGGUGAUCGAAAGCCCUAAAUUUGGAGAGUUUGAGGUGAUUUGGCUAAGACUCUCUCCUGUUUUUUCUUUGCAUCUCAUCGAGAGGAACCCCGAAACGAAACUUCCGGAAGGACCGUGGAGCUCUGCUGCGACGAUUGCUGACCCGAAGAAUCUCCCCAGAGGACACCACAUCUCGUUUUCUGUCUCCAAUUACGACUCCUUCGUUCAAACCUUGAAGGAAAAAGGAAUUGAGACUUUUGAGAAGACUCAACCAGAUGGGAAAACAAAGCAAGUGUUCUUCUUUGAUCCAGAUGGUAAUGGCUUAGAAGUUAUCAAAUCCUCUGGGUAGUGGGUACGUAAUUUCUCAACUGGUACGGGUUUUAGUUAUUAAAUGCAGAGUAGGUGUUUACCAUGCACUAGAGAUGCAUGGUAAAGGUGAGAGCCAGCCACAGCCCACAGAUCCUGGCUGCCACAGCUCAAUUAGCAGCGCCUAAUGCAUGGACAACAUAAAAUUCAACUGUCAGAUGUUAAACUGAAAGAAUUGUUGGCAUGGAGAAUGAAUUAGCACAGAUUACUUGGUCCUGUGGAGCUUAGCUUAGUUUGGAAGGAGUACACACACAAAUUUGUAGAGUGUAAGGGUCCGUUUGGUUUGUGAUUGGAAUCGGAAUGGUCUAUUCCCUUUACCUAUUUGGUUCAAACAGGAAUUGGAAUCGGAUUCCGAUUGAUGCUGUUUGGUUCAUCAAGAGGUUGGAAUUGGAAUCAGCUAUGAUUUCCAAUUUAGCCUCUAAUGAAAAUAAAAAGUAGAAAAUGCAUGAAAAUAUCCAAAAAUGCAGAAAUUUUGUAGGAAAUGCAAAAAUUACAAUAAUUUUGUAGCAAAUUCAAAAGAAUGCAUGAAAAUUUUGUAGCAAAUUCAGAAGUUUUGCUUGUAGCUAUCCACCACUUCUUCAAACGUUUCCUCCGUCUCAUUGUUAAUCCACCCAUACUCGCUCAUGCCUCCAGCUAAACCCAUUUCCCUCCCUUGAGGGAGAGAGCCGCAAUAUCAGCCGACGCCAAGAUGACGGCGACGAGAGUUGUAACAGUGGGCCUCAAACCGGCAAAAGCCAUCUCACGGCACAGACAAAGGGCCUCAUCUGGGUGUCCAUUCUGGGAGUAAGCAGCGAGCAUGGAAUUCCAGAAGACCACAUCUCUUACCAGAAUGUUGUCAAAGACUCGACGCGCAGUCGCUACACAUCCACACUUGGCAUAUAUGUCAAUAAGCGCAGUCCCUACAAAGACGUCCGAUUCCCAUCCCGCCCGUAUGAGGUGACAAUGGAUCUCUCUCCCUUGUAGCGCAGGGAGGACGGAGCAUGCCUGGAGGACGAAGGGGAAAGUGAAGUUGUCAGAGUGGAGACCAUAAUCAAACAUUUGAUGGUAAAGGGAAAGAGCGGCUUGAUGGGGUCCAUUCCAAGCAUAUCUCUGAAUGAGAGCGUUCCAAAGGAAGACGUUGUCUUUAGGAUUUCUGUCUUACAAGCAGUGGGCAUGGGGUAAAUGGUUACAAACCGAGUAGAGAUUAACGAGUUUGGUGGCUACAAUGGUGCUCAAACCGGUGCCCGUAACGAGGAGGUGCGCGUGGAUCUGCUUCCCAGGCUCGAUUGCUUUUCCUUCAAUAAGAGACUGGAGGAGUGAUGCGUAGUGGUGGCUAGCAGUAGCAGAAGACGGUGAUGGUGAAGUUGGGCCAUGGUGGUGGUGAUCAUACAGAGGAUGUAUGAUUCUCGACGAAGGCACGAGUGGCAGAUUUGGGGAGGUUCUUUGCCAAGGUGAAACCCUGGUGUACCCGCAGCAUCUUACUUCUGAAUUGCACAUCCAAAAAGAAAAAAAAAGGAAACUAAUAGUGGAAUGGGAAUCACAUUCCGGGGGAGGGGGUCAGGAAUGGUCAUUCCCCCAUAUGAUUCCCCCAUAUGGGGGAAUGGCAUUCUACCUACUCAUUCCCAUUCCGGUCAACCUGGAAACGGAAUGCCCAAUUCCGAUUUCGUUUCUUCCUAUUCUCUCAAACCAAACAGAUCCUAAAACCUUGUAUUUUAUAUUAUUUUGUAUAUAUUUGUGAUGUUUCCAAACUGAUCCUUAGGGGAUGAGACGGUUCAGAGCUUAAUUUAUCAG